GUCACCCGGAUCGGCCCGCCCGCCGCCGCCACCGAGGGGAGGUGACCGCGGCCCGCCCGGGCCACCACUGGCCGCGCGCGGAGGGAACGCCGGGCGUGGAGAGCAGGUUGUGCAGUAUGGAGGCUGGCUCUGUGGUCCGAGCCAUCUUUGACUUCUGCCCUAGCGUCUCAGAGGAACUGCCGCUCUUUGUGGGAGAUGUCAUUGAGGUGUUGGCCGUGGUGGAUGAGUUUUGGCUUCUGGGAAAGAAGGAAGAUGUUACAGGACAGUUUCCCAGCAGUUUUGUGGAGGUUGUGACAAUCCCCAGUCUGAAGGAGGGGGAGAGUCUGUUUGUUUGCACCUGCGAAUUCACAUCUCGGGAGCUGAACAGUCUUUCUCUCCAUCGAGGAGACCUGGUGGUUCUUGAUGGCGCUCCGACUGCAGGAUGGCUGCAGGGCCGAAGCUGUUGGGGUGCUCGGGGCUUCUUCCCAUCGUCCUGUGUUCGUGAGCUGUGUCUGUCCUCUCAGAGCCGACAGUGGCACUCACAGAGCGCAUCGCUUCAGAUUCCAGAAUACUCCAUGGGACAAGCACGGGCCCUCAUGGGGCUGUCUGCCCAGCUGGACGAGGAACUGGACUUCAGAGAAGGAGAUCUGAUUACCAUUAUCGGAGUUCCUGAGCCAGGCUGGUUUGAGGGAGAGCUGGAGGGGCGGAGAGGCAUUUUCCCAGAAGGCUUUGUAGAGCUUUUGGGGCCCCUGAGGACUGUGGAUGAGUCGGUAAAUUCUGGAGGUGGAGACAGCUGCGUUGCCAAUGGUGAUGUGGACAUCUCUACGGAAGACACAGAAAGUGGGGCCGACGAGGAUGACCGCCCUUCGGGGACCUAUGGACUUGCCCUCUACAGAUUCCAAGCCCUGGAGCCCAAUGAGUUGGAUUUUGAGGUUGGGGAUAAAAUCCAGAUUCUGGGAACCUUGGAGGAUGGAUGGCUUGAAGGACGUUUGAAGGGCAGGACAGGUAUCUUUCCCCACCGCUUUGUGAAGCUUUGUCCCGGCACCAGGACAGAGGAAACCGUGGUUCUGCCCCCGGAAGACAGUCUCCCUAAGAACUCUGAAAACCCUGUGGACGGGUUGGAGACCUCAGUGGUGGAGGAGGCACGACUCGAACCACAGGAGACUGGAGCAGACAGGCCUGACUGGGGUCUGUCUGAACAAACCCCGGCUCGCCUAGGUCAUGGGGUCCCUGUGGGUGUUGUAAAUGAGAACUCUGGCCAGGGUGAUGAUGCCUCAGGAAGCUGACCAGGUGUGGAUCUUGAUAGGCCUCUUAUUAAAGACCCUUCCACACCUGACCCCUCAGAGACAGUCAAUGGCAUUUAUUCCCAGCCUCGGGGACCUUUUCACCCCCAAAUGCAGAAAAGUCAGUUUUCUUCUCCAGCAGGAGAGAGCCGCCAAAGCUCAGGCCCAUUCUCUGAGUUUGUCCCUCCUGUAGCCAGGACUAGGGACUACUCUAGCCUGCCUCCCCAAAGAACAUAUGCCCAGGGUAGGUCCCUCCAGAAGCCAGCACCCCCACUCCACAGGGCCUCCUCCCUCGUGGCCUCUAGGAUAGCCAAACCUAGCUACUUAAGCCCUCGGGCUCUAGCCAGCUGUGCUCAGAAGCAUCAACCAUCUGCAGAAAAUGCCUCAGCACCAGAGAGACCAGAGAGGAGGCCUGGACCACCAGACAAGGGGUCCGCCACAGAAGUAACCACAGCAUCACAGGGGGACAGCAUUGACCUGGAUUCCAAGUUGACCCAGCAGCUGAUCGAGUUUGAGAAGAGCCUGUUUGGGCCCAGCACAGAGUCAGAUAAAAUCAUCCGCCGCUUUUCAAUCAUGGACUUUAACUCUGAGAAGGAUAUUGUCAGAGGUUCCUCAAAGUCGGCGCCAUCACAGGAUCCCCCAGAGAAGAGAAAGGCCCUGAGGCCGCCCCCGCCCAGACCCUGUACCCCGACGUCCACUUCUUCCCACUUGCUGGUUGAUCAGAGCUCCAAACCAGCACCCCCCUUGGCUGUGCGGCCCUCCCGCCCAGCUCCCCUGCCUCCUUCUGCGCAGCAGAGGCUGAACUCAGCUUCCCCCAAGCCCACCUUCUGUGCCAGUUGGGAGGCCCCAGAGAAGGAGGGGCCUGAGCACGAGGAGCAGAGCCCAGCCCAGACUUCUCCUUGCCCUUCUGUGCUGGUGAGAAUUCAGGCCGUGGAACACGACUUGGACGAGUACGCCAGGGCUCAGGAGGAGCUGACCGUGAUGUUGGAGGACGAGCAGGAUGAAUCUCUGAGGGCAGAGACUUUGGAGAAUCUCAAGUUCUAUGAGAGCACCAUUCAGAGUCUGAGCCAGGAGCUCCAGCAGCUAAGAGACAUGACACUCCUCUCUUCUCAGUCUUCAUCCCUGGUGGCCCCCUCAGGGUCUGUGUCCCCUGAAAAGCCGGAGCAGAGGAUGCUGGAGAAGAGAGCCAAGGUGGUGGCUGAACUCGUGCAGACGGAAAAAGACUACAUUCGGGAUCUGGAGAUGUGCAUUGAGCGGGUCAUGGUGCCCCUGCAGCAGGCACAGGUACCCAACGUUGAUUUCGAGGGACUUUUCGGAAAUAUGCAGACAGUGAUUAAAGUCUCAAAGCAAUUGUUGGCAGCCUUGGAAAUCAGCGACGCUGUAGGACCCGUGUUUCUUGAUCACCGGGAUGAACUUGAGGGAACGUACAGGGUCUACUGCCAGAACCACGAUGAAGCCAUUUCACUGCUUGAAGUCUACGAGAAGGACGAGAAGAUCCAGAAGCAUCUUCAGGACUCCCUGGCAGAUCUUAAGAGCCUGUACAACGAAUGGGGCUGCACCAAUUAUAUCAACCUGGGCUCCUUCCUCAUCAAGCCCGUACAGAGAAUAAUGCGUUACCCACUGCUGCUGAUGGAGUUGCUGAAUUCCACCCCAGAGUCCCACCCGGAUAAGGUCCCUUUAACCAGCGCAGUGCUUGCCGUCAAGGAAAUCAACGUUAACAUUAAUGAGUACAAGCGUCGGAAGGAUCUAGUGCUUAAGUACCGCAAAGGUGAUGACGACAGCCUCAUGGAGAAGAUCUCCAGGCUGAACAUCCACUCCAUCAUCAAGAAGUCCAACCGGGUCAGCAGCCACCUGAAGCACCUCACAGGGUUCGCUCCUCAGCUAAAAGAUGAAGUAUUUGAAGAGACAGAAAAGAACUUCCGGAUGCAGGAGAGAUUGAUUAAAUCUUUUAUCCGAGACCUGUCCCUCUACCUCCAGCAUAUCCGGGAAUCUGCGUGUGUGAAGGUGGUGGCAGCCAUGAGCAUGUGGGAUCUGUGUAUGGAGAGGGGACACCAUGACCUGGAGCAGUUCGAGAAGGUGCACCGCUGCAUCAGCGACCAGCUCUUCACGCGCUUUAAGGAGAGGACUGAGCGGCUUGUCAUCAGUCCCUUAAACCAGCUGCUGAGCAUGUUCACGGGGCCCCACAAGCUGGUGCAGAAGCGCUUUGACAAGCUUCUGGACUUCUACAACUGCACUGAGCGUGCAGAGAAGCUCAAGGACAAGAAGACUCUGGAGGAGCUGCAGUCAGCCCGGAACAACUACGAAGCCCUGAACGCCCAGCUGCUGGACGAGCUGCCCAAAUUCCAGCAGUACGCCCAGGGCCUCUUUACCAACUGCAUCCACGGCUAUGCUGAAGCCCACUGUGACUUCGUGCAGCAGGCGCUGGAGCAGCUGCAGCCCCUGCUGUCGUCACUGAGAGCCACUGACCGAGAAGGCAACUUGAUUGCCAUCUUCCACGAGGAGCACAGCCGGGCCCUGCAGCAGCUUCAGGUCUUCACCUUCUUCCCCGAGUCCCUCCCUGCUCCCAGGAAGCCCUUUGAGAGGAAAACCACAGACCGCCAGUCAUCCCGGAAGCCCCUUCUUGGCAUGCCGAGCUACAUGCUGCAAUCAGAAGAGCUGCGGGCCUCCCUGCUGGCAAGGUACCCCCCUGAAAAGCUCUUCCAGGUGGAACGGAACUUCAACGCUGCUCAGGACUUGGAUGUCUCCCUUUUGGAAGGCGACCUGGUGGGUGUGAUAAAAAAGAAAGAUCCCAUGGGCAGUCAGAACCGCUGGCUCAUCGACAAUGGAGUCACCAAAGGUUUUGUGUACAGCUCCUUCCUGAAGCCCUACAAUCCUCGGCGCAGCCAUUCGGACGCCUCCGUGGGCAGCCACUCGUCCACAGAGUCAGAGCAGAGUAGCUCCUCGCCCAGGGUCCAGCGGCAGAAUAGCAACAGUGCCUUGACCUUCAACUCCAACAUGACUGUGUCCUUCACCUCAGGGCUUUCCCCAAAGCAGCCCCAGGACGCCUCUUCACUGAAGGAAUGUGACCAAGGAACUCUUGGUCUGUCCUUGAAUGCCGGGAGUGCAGAAACUGGGCCUUCCAGGUGCUUUUCAGACCCAGACUCUACCUGCCAGCUUAGGUCAGGGGACUCUGCAGAUGGUGCCAGAGACGUAAGCCAACCUGUUUCAACCCUGAGGGGCUGCCAGCGAAGUUCCAGGCAUCCAGACGUGGACUCUGCAGAUGGUGCCAGAGACAUAAGCCAACCUGUUUCAACCCUGAGGGGCUGCCAGCGAAGUUCCAGGCAUCCAGACGUGGACUCUGCAGAUGGUGCCAGAGACGUAAGCCAACCUGUUUCAACCCUGAGGGGCUGCCAGCGAAGUUCCAGGCACCCAGAGGUGGUAGGUUACUUUGUACCAGGGCGAAAUGAACAAGGUAAUGACUCGGUAAAAGGAAGUGCAAGGGCCUAUCCAACUCCAGAAGACAGGAACCCAAGAGCCUACCAGACUCCAGAAGACAGGAGCAGAGGGCUCGGAAGCAGUGAGACGGAAGGUAACCAGGUCUAUUUUGCCGUCUACACCUUCAAGGCACGAAACCCAAAUGAACUGAGUGUGUCGGCCAAUCAGAGACUCAAGAUCCUUGAGUUUAAAGAUGUCACAGGCAAUACGGAGUGGUGGUUGGCUGAAGUUAACGGGAAGAAGGGCUAUGUCCCUUCCAAUUACAUCCGGAAAACUGAGUACACCUGAGCCCAGGUUGCCCCCACCCUCCCUUGCUGCCACUUUCAGCCCGCUGAAAGGAUCUGUGGGCCCCAGGCACCGGCUCCUGAGCGCAGGCCCCACCACACUGCCUAUCCAUAACUGGAGUGCAAGCUAAGCUUUGUUCUCGAUUGGGUCGUGCACCGUGAUGCUCGCUAGAAUUUGAAGUGGACCCCAGUGCUUGUCAGUGAUUCCCUGACCACAAGCAGCAGCCGAGUGCUGGUGUUGGCUUUGGGAAAUGAGAAGUUUCCAAUCAGAAAAGCAGUAUUGGAUGCAGGAAGCUUGUGCAUCGUUUGUUGCAGCCUCUGUGGUUGACUGAGCAGUCAGCUGAGAGGAAGAGGAGCAUGCUGGGAGAACCCCGCCACCAUGCCUCUGUGCUUGGUAAAAAGGUUUCAUCACGAUCAUAUUAAACCUGGUGCAUCAAAGUGACUGAGACACCCCAAGUACCUGGCACCCCUUCUCUGACGUGCUCCCGAUUCCUAGUUCUUGAAAUGCUAACCUGUUCUUUCUCGCUGCUCCUCUGUUAGGUGUUUACAGUCCUCCUUUCCUUUUGACCUUGUGUCUGGAGGGUUCUCUUGCCUUGUCAGACGCGGUCAUCUGCCUCCUCCUGAUACUCAUCGACCUUAUGUAGUCCCUGUGUGAUGUCACCUAACCUUUCUCCCUGUACGCCAUAACUGACAGACUUUCCUAGACUACCCUGCGGGCAGCACUCCAGCUGGCCCCUGAAAGUAUUCACUCUGCGGUAAUCUCCAACCGGUUGAGCCUGGAGGAAGCCUGGACGCCUUUGUCUUCCACCUGAGCACUCUGCUGCCAUCUAGUGGCGUCCACACAUGCUCACAACAGUCGUGGCUUAUUUGAAGCAGGUAGAAUCAGUGGCCACAGAAGCAGCUUGUCUCAGACUUGGAAACAGGUUUUUUCUUUCUGUCCAACUGCCAUACUUCAGACAUAAUAGUCAAAGCCAAACAGAUACAAAAGUGCCUAAUGAGACCUCACGCCCAAGGCUGGAAGGUGUGCGAUAAGCCUCAUGUGAAGAAAUGGCCUGAGGCUUGUCUCAGCGGGCUCUCAGACUCCAGCUGAGCCCUCUUGGCCCAGCCUUCCAGCCGCUGCUCUUCCAACUGCACAUUUGGCCUUAAAAUCCUGGUGAAUCAGGAUGUGCCUGUGGACACCCCAGCCACAGCUUCUGCUCCACUGGUCGGGGCCUCUUAUGAAGUGUUUAUAUUUAGAGAUGUUUAUAUUUAAGUAGCUAUUUUAUAAAUAAAAGUAUUUCUAUUGGCCAUAAGUGUUUUUCUUCAUCUUGAU